AACUGUCACCAUAUGGGAGAGGUAAGGUGAAGAAAUCAGGGGGAAUCCUGAGAAACGGAUACAACAGCCAAGGUAUCAAAAGUGAUUCUCCUCUUGGUUACAUGGAUUUAGGUAUCAGUUUUGUAUCAGUUGAGUAUCGGCAAUGACUCGUAUCAUGUAGAAAGUACUGAAAAAACAAGAACAAGCUCUACACAGAUUUAUGAGGUUCCACAAGAUUGUCUACGUGCGAAGAAUCCGAAUUUCAGAAAGUGGGACUGUCGUUACUUGGAUUAAUCUGUAACAAAAUAUAAUACAUCAUACACCAAUAUAUCAAAAUGAAUCUUAUACAGGAAUCGGAUGCGAUAGUAAACCUGUUAAAACUGAUAAUAAGAAAAUGAUAAGCCAGAUAAAAUCGGAUCAAAAUCAAAAUUUCCUCAAUAUCAGGAAGAACUGGGGAUGUUGAGAAGUUUCUAGAAAGUCUGAAAAGGGUAAUGGGACAUCAAUGUGUUACAGGUGAGAUUUUGAUAUUUUGAUACUGGAUGUUCGGGUCGUACACGUGGCAGUAAUUCAUGAAAAGGAAGAGGGAUUCUGAUAUGGGAUGUUCGGAUCGUACACGUGGCAGUAAUUUAUGAAAAGGAAGAGAAACGCGGGCUCCUACUCUAUCACGAACCCAACAACUUCCCUAUAUAUUCUCUCCCGACCCUGACUCCAGAUUUUUCGAUUCCAUCCAUUAUAUAUACUCUCUCCCCCUCCCGCUUCCUGUCCACAGUGGAGCUCUGGAUUCGUAUUUCUUCUUCAAACUUCCAUAUGCUCCGUCCUGUAAAUUCAUUGAGAUCGUAACUGUCACUGAGAUCAUCGACCCACUUCACCUCAUUAAUGGACUGAGAAACCCUAGAAAGCAUUAAUGGAAGGGGUAAAGGUUAAAGAAGAAGAGGUGGUGGUUGUCGGCUAUGGUAGUGGCUCUUCAACUUCGUCGUCUUCGUCUUCUCGGACAUUGCCACCUCAGCCAAUGGAGGGCUUACACGACUCUGGUCCCCCUCCUUUCCUAACCAAGACUUUCGACAUGGUGGAGGAUCUCUCUACUGACUCCAUCGUCUCAUGGAGCAGAGCUCGUAACAGCUUCAUCAUUUGGGACUCGCAUCAGUUCGCCACUACACUCCUCCCCAGAUACUUCAACCACAACAAUUUCUCCAGCUUCAUUCGUCAGCUCAACACUUACGGUUUCAGAAAGGUUGAUCCUGAUCGAUGGGAAUUCGCAAACGAAGGGUUCCUCGGAGGACAGAAGCAUUUGUUGAAGAACAUCAAGAGAAGGAGACACAUCGCUCAGAACAUCCAACAGCAAGGAGGACUAGGACCUUGUGUUGAACUGGGGAAGUAUGGCCCUGAAGCCGAAAUCGACAGAUUAAAAAGGGACCGUGACCUACUCAUGGUGGAAAUUGUGAAGCUGAAGGAGCAGCAACAAUCCUCCAGGGAUGAACUCGUCACCAUCGAGGAACGGCUGCAAGGCACAGAGAGGAAGCAUCAACAGAUGAUGAUUUUUCUUGCUAAGGCUCUGAAAAACCCAGCUUUCGUACGACAGCUUAUUCAACGAAACGAACAGAAGAGAGAACUUGCGAACGGCUGUACUGGAAAGAAACGGAGGUUGCCUCCCAGCAGGAGCGCCGAAAAUUUGCAGGAUGAGACAGCUUCGGUGGCAGAACCCAUUGGUAUUCCCCAAUUUGCGAGUUUCAUUGGCCAAGCCCAGGAAGAAGUGCUCACCGUUGAAUCGGAAAUUGAGACAUUGUUCUCUACGGCCAUUGAUAGUGAGUCGAGUAGCGCAAUCCAGGGCGAGAAGGUUGGUGUGAUCCCAAGUACUAGCGAUCCGGAUUUAGGUACUAGUGCUAGCGAAAUAGUUUGGGAGGAAUUGCUGAAUGAGGAACUGAUUGCAGGAGGAGAGGAAGAAGUAGAUGUAGGCAGUAAUCAAUCCGAAAUUGAUGUGGAAGUGGAGGAAUUGGUUGCCACACCACCUGAUUGGGGCGGAAAUGUGCAGGACUUGGUGGAGCAAAUGGGAUUUCUGGGAUCCAACACACCCUGAUGCGUGGCUGCAUUGGAUGUGUUGCAGGUUGCAGGUUGCAGGUUUUAGGUUUUAGGUUUCUCAGGUCUCUGUUCUUAAUGUCUUCAUGUCGACCUCUACAUCUUCAAUUGUUGCUAUGUGUUAGAAAUUCAUCAGAAAUGUUCUAUGUACCCAUGAACUAAUCAAGUAUGGGACUUCAUGUACGGCAGUCAGCAGGGGAAGAGGUUGAAGAUGCAGGGGUAACCAACAGAGAUGAACUUAAUGGAACAAGGUCUUUGGUCUUUUUGAAGUUCCAGAAGCCAAGGAAGGAGUUGUGCAAAAUUUAUACAAAGAAAUGAAAUAAUAAUCACAAUACAAUCAGAGCAA